UUUUUCAAAAUGGAGGAAAGGCAAACAUUUUGGAGGGGAAGCCAUUCACACAUAUUAAAUGUAUUUUUGUACGUCAUGCUCCAGUCAAAACAUCGAAUCGCUACAGAAAAAUGACGAUGUUUUUGGAUUUAUUUUACAAAUCGAUCUACUGAAGAUAUUAUGAAGUAAAAAUGAGUGUUUCUAUCGGGGAUAAAAUUGAGGACUUUAAAGUUCUCACCUUGCUGGGUAAAGGCUCUUUUGCCUGUGUUUACAGAGCAAAAUCUGUAAACACAGGGUUGGAGGUGGCAAUUAAAAUGAUUGACAAGAAGGCCAUGCACAAAGCUGGCAUGGUGCAGAGAGUCAUUAAUGAGGUGGAGAUUCAGUGUCGGUUAAAGCAUCCAGCAGUUCUUGAGCUGUACAAUUACUUUGAGGACAGUAAUUAUGUGUACUUGGUUCUGGAGAUGUGUCACAAUGGAGAGAUGAGCCGCUUUCUGAAAGACAGGAAAAACCCUUUUACAGAGGAAGAAGCGAGGCACUUCAUGCAUCAGAUUGUGAAGGGCAUGCUGUACUUGCACACUCAUGGCAUCAUGCACAGGGAUCUGACCCUGUCCAACCUCUUGCUCACUAGCAGCAUGAACAUUAAGAUUGGAGACUUUGGCUUGGCAACACAGCUAAAGCUUCCCAGUGAGAAGCAUUUCACUAUGUGCGGCACACCAAACUACAUUUCCCCUGAGGUGGCCACACGCAGCGCUCACGGCCUUGAGUCAGACGUCUGGUCGCUAGGCUGCAUGUUCUACGCUUUCCUAACGGGAAGACCACCCUUUGACACGGACACUGUAAAACGCACCCUCAACAAGGUGGUACUGGGAGAGUAUCAGAUGCCUAUGCACAUAUCAGCAGAAGCUCAGGAUCUGAUUCAGCAGCUGUUGCAAAAGAACCCCACCCUCAGACCCAGCCUCUCGACAGUGCUGGACCAUCCUUUUAUGACUCAAACCGGCCCCACCGGAAAUAAAGACUCUGGAAGCAGCGACGGAGGGUCCAUAGACAGCGGCAUUGCCACAAUAUCCACAGCCUCCAAUGCCACCAAUAGCAGCGGUAGCAGUCGGCUUCAGAGAAGAACCAGGCAGGUGAUUGGACAGCCCUUACCCAAUCGCAUGGCACCGAUCCCCAGCCACUCCCAUCACUCCACCAGCUCCAGUUUUAAGAGUGGGCACGAAUGGCAGCCUAACUCACAAGAAGAAUUUUCCAGGAUAGGUGGUGGGCGAAUUCCCCUCAGCACUGACAGCGGAAGGCCUCAUUCUCGCUACCUAAGACGCGCUCAUUCGUCAGAUCGAUCCGGUGCUGGGUUUAGCCAAAAUCGACAGGAGGCGGAGCUUGAGAGAUGCCACUCAGAAGAGACGCUUCCAGGGUCAGGGCGCUUGUUCCCACCAACCUCCAAUUACAGAGAUACGCCCCAUAGCUACUCUGAGCAUGGACGUCUCCCAUCUCCACCUGUCAAACAGCCUGCAAAUUCUGGAUCUUCUUUCCAUACAUCUACGCAUUCUAUAAGAUCGCAGAUGUCCGACUCUCAAACGCAACCCUGGUUCAACAAUGAUGGGCCUUUCAAGAGACCAGCAGAUCUGAGCAACCACAGCAGCAGUGGAAGUUUCCAUGCCGGACGUAGGCAAGCUGUGACACAAACCUCCUGCAGUGACAAACCCAGUGGACUUCGGUCUCAACAGCAGCCCAACUUGUUCCCUCACACCAACCCUAGACCUGGCAGAGAGGACGAGUUUAGAUCAGGGCAAGCAACUGAAUCUCAGAUCUACUCAGACCCGUGCCCGUCCCUUGCCAAAGGCAAAGCAAACACAGAGAAGGAAAAAGCAUCCUGUAAGAAGAACUUUUCACCGCUCUGUGCUGCCAGACUCAAGCCCAUUAGACAGAAGACCAAAAACGCUGUGGUAAGUAUCUUGGACACCAGUGAGGUGUGUAUGGAGCUGCUGAAAGGACAAGGAACUCAAGAGAGAGUCAAGGAAGUGCUGAGGAUCUCCUGUGACGGAUCCAUGAUUACAGUAUACCAGCCCAAUGAAGGUAAAGGCUUCCCUGUUUUGGACCAUCCCCCCUCACCACCUGAAGACAUUCUCAUCUGCAGCUUUGAGGAUUUACCAGAAAAAUACUGGAAGAAGUAUCAGUAUGCUACCAAGUUUGUUCAGCUGGUGAAAUCAAAGACCCCUAAAGUCACAUUGUACACUAAGUUUGCCAAGUGUAUGUUGAUGGAGAACUCUCCAAACGCAGACUUGGAAGUGUGCUUCUAUGAUGGUGCGAAAACCCAUAAGACGAGCGAGCAUAUGCGCGUGGUGGAGAAGAGUGGAAAGUCAUACACGGUGAAAGGUGACGUUGGGCUGAAUGGACUGAGUGCUGACUGCAGACUCUACAUGGAGCUUUCUGAGGAGGGACAUCGGAUGUGUCUUUCUUUGGAAGCAGCUAUAACUGCUGAGGAGCAGCAAAGUGCUAAAUGCACUCAAUUUUUCCCCAUCACUAUUGGCAGGAAACCCACCAAUCCUGUUUCUCCAGCCCCUCAGGCUCAGUGUUCAUCUGAUUCAAACCCUGCGGGACCUGCAGCGGUCGCUCAGGUCUGCCCGAGUCCACCGCAACCCCCAAACAUCACUCCAUCUAUGAUUUCCUACACUGGAUCAGACUUCACCACAGCCAGUAUGGCUAAAGGCAGCUCACCCCAGUCAGGCAAAGAAGAACGAACCAUUAACACUGGAAAGGUCCUGAAGUCCAUUUUUGUGCCAAACAUUGGCUGGGCAUCACAGCUUACAAGUGGUGAGGUUUGGGUUCAGUUUAAUGAUGGAUCCCAGCUGAUGGUCCAAGUUGGCGUCUCCUGCAUCACUUUUACUUCCUCUGAUGGACAUGUAACCAGGUAUAAAGAAAAUGAGAAGCUACCAGAGCUGGUCAAAGAAAAGCUACACUGUCUGUCCACCAUCCUGGGGCUUUUGGCGAGCCCUGCUUCCAGACGCUGAGAAAAACAAAUCACACGCCAAACAAACGCAGAG